GAGAAGUGCAGGAGUCAGUUGCGUGGUUCUUACAGACCUCCACCGAGCCACUUUUAUGGAUUAAGUCUUCUUUUCUAAGCCGCACCACAAGAGCUCAUCCUCACUCUCUCUCUAUGCAAGGCUCACUGGUACACUCAGUUGCUCUAUUUCUCUGCUUCCCACUCUUUCCUCUGCACUGCAAUGGACUUAUUCUUGACUCAUCAUUUUUGCCUUUCUUUGGCUUUCCUCAACAUUACUUUCGUCUUUUUUGUAUCAUCUGAGCUUACUAGCUUUAAGGUAGCCUGAUGAACAUGGCUGCUAGCAUUUAUCUGUAAGACAUCUGCAUCUUCCUGAAGAACAAAGCUUUUAGGGGUGACCCUGACCUCCACAGUCCUCUGGCACAAUACCCUAUCCACUUUGGGUGGGGUGGGAUGGGUAGGGCUCUGUUGAGUUAGCCUGGGGGCUCGAGUGGUUGCAACAGGGCAGGCGAUGCCGGAUAAGAAAGCAGGAGGAGGCGGAGGAAGUGGAACAUCCAGAGACAAGUGGAAGCUGAGGAAGAGAGGCAGCCGGCUGACGAUACAACCGCUCUUUACCAUCACUGAGGAAGAGGAGGUACAGAGACGGAAGGAGGCUGGGAGGAAGAAGAAUCGAGCGUCCUUCUCCCAGUAUAAGUCAGAGGAUGGAAGAGCAUCUUCAGCAUCUGGGCAGACCUACUCCCCCACCGGGACACCUAUACCAACUCCCUUUCCUAAUCGUACCACCAGCAAAAACACUAGUAGCUAUGCUGUCACUAAAACAGACUCGUUGCUUUUCAACAAGAUUGAUGAGAGACAGAGGCUGGCCCGUGAGCGCAGGGAGGAGCAGGAAAAGCAGAAUGCUGCCAAGGAGGCCCAGUGGCAGGCGCGCGAGGAGCGAGCCAGGCAGCACUAUGAGAAGCAGUUGGAGGAGAGGAGAAAAAAACAGGAAGAACAGAGAAUGAAGGAGGAGAAAAGACGGGCCGCUGUGGAGGAGAAGCGGCGGCAAAAACAGGAGGAGGACCAGGCACGUCAUGAGGCGGUGAUACGGCGCACACUGGAGAGGAGACAGAAAACCAGACCCAAGCAAAACCGCUGGUCCUGGGGAGGAGUGCUGCACGCCAACACUUUGAGCAUACCAUCCGGUUUUGUCGAGUCUGCUUUCCUCUGUCCACUCGACCUUGCUGGACUGGAGCACAUGCAGAGUGCUUUCAGUUUCUACCGCAGAUAUGGAUUGACGUCCCACUAUGCUGACAGAAGGUCAGUGUCCACUGUGAAUCUAUCCAAGCACACAGACCCCAUCAUUACCAAGCGCCUCUCCUCCUCUUCUGCCACACUGCUGCACACACCAGACAGAGGCUUACAGAUGAGAACAACUUCCACCCCUGUCAUAAGCAAAACCCAAUCCAAACCCCACCUACAUCAGGGGAAGACCACGCAGCACAAAAGCACAGGACUCCGCCACCUUCCGCUGACGCCAUGGGAGAGCAGCAUGGUGAACCGUCUACAGCAGCCAACACACUCAUAUCUGGCCCGCAGCCGCAGUGCCAUGAGCUUGUCUGGAGACCAGUCAGCCAUGCCUGUGUGUCCUCGCUCAGUUUCCUGCCACCCCAUGGGCGCCAUGUCGUUCAAGGCCUUGCAGGCCCAACUGCUCCCUCAUUGUCGCAGCCAGGAGAGGAGCCUCAGCAGAGAGAAAGCUCCGCCAGCCUGCGCCACGCCCCGGAGGAGGACCACAGGAACGAUGCAGCAAAAGGACCGUGAGAGCGUUAGGAAGUCUUGGAGCAACCUGUCCCUUCCUCUUGCUCCUACUCUGACAUUACCCCCCAACAAGUCCACCAUUUCUUCAAGCAAGAAGUCAAACAAAGCUACAAUACCCUCUGCUGGCAGACCUCCACAGAAAAUUAUAGGACGCCCCCCAACCCCCAAGCUGCUUAAGUCUCCAGCUUCAGAAGAUCCUGGAAACCUUCGUCCUGUCAGGAUCACACCUGAGAACUCCCAACCCUCAACACCAACAGCAGCUUCGAAAGAAGAAGAGAAGGAAGAGCAUAUUUUCAGUCCUUCUCUACCCAGACCCCAGCCACUGGGUCAGAACAAACCCUCGAAUGAGCAGGUUGCAACAACACCAGCUGGAGCCACAGAGAGUACAAGCAGUCCUCAAGUUCAGAAACCUUCAGCUGGUACCACAGACCCAGAGGAGGCAAGUCGGAUCCUGGCAGAAAAACGACGGCUGGCCCGAGAGCAGAGGGAGAGAGAGGAGGAAGAGCGUAGGCAACAAGAGGAGCAGGCGAGGUUAGCGAAGGAGGAGAUGUCCCGCCGUAAAGCCGAAGAGCGAGCGAGGAGAGAAGAAGAGGCCCAGCGUCUGGCAGAGGAGAGGAGAAGGCAGGAGGAGGAGGAGGAGAGAAAGGCUGAGGAGGAGAGGCUACAGAGGGAAAGAGAAGAGGCAGAGAGACUCCAUAAACAGAAAGAAGAGGAAGAGUCUCGAUUGAGGGAGGAAGCAGAGCGACUGAGGCAGGAGAGGGAGAAGCACUUUCAGAAAGAAGAGGCUGAACGACUGGAGAGAAAGAAGCGUCUUGAGGAGAUCAUGAAGAGAACCAGACGUUCGGAUAUAUCAGAUAAGAAAGCCAGGGCCGGAGACAGCACAGUGAGCCCUGGUUCUCCUGCAGCACCUGCAGCCACCGUGCCUCAGACACACAACAGCAACAGUCACCAACUUAACCCCAGCCAGCAGCCCGGCACCACUGCACUGAGCCGCCCUGACCAGAGGGAGAACGGGGAGUUCGAAGAGGUGAUCACGCUACCUUCACAUUCCAGUUUGUCUCCUCCUAGAGAGGAGCAGCAGGAGAAGGAGGAAAAGGAGAGUAAAGUUUCUGUAGUAGCCUUCGUGGAGAAUGGUCUUUUAAAGCCUCUGAGUGGAGUAGAAGAUAUAUCAGCCCAGCAGGAACCAGAUGUAGCCUGAUUUUGCUUUGGGAUGUGAUGACUCCACAGCCACAGAAACAGAAGGGGCACUCGGAAGAACGCAAAGAAUCAUGGAGCUAUGAGGACUGAAUCAAAGGAGGGAUUUGCAGCACCAUUUUCAGAUUCUUUCUCCUGUGGACAGAAACAUUGUAGCCAUGUCCCAAUGCUGGUGUCACCAAAAAACUCCAAAAAGGCAUCCUGCCCAAGAAAAGUGUCUUUUCCUUUAGGAAACUCAGGCAAAGAGCUCAUUUCUGAUACUUGGUCAUGAUUUUUUGUUCCUCGUGUACCCCCCCCCCCCCCCCAAAAAAAAUUCUCAAAUGCCCCGAAAUCACAGGACGGCAUUGAACUCUAAUAAUAGUGUAAACUAAGUCUCCAACCAUGAUACUUGAAGAGUUUUUGUUGUUGUCGAUGUUGUUUAAUCUGAUUUUCAGCAUCUGCAAUGUGACUUUAUAUCUGGAAAAAAAGAAAAGACUCAGAGCUGCAGUUUUCUUGUAGUUUCAGCAAAUCAUUACAUAAGAAAUUGGAUAAUGGCACAAAGGUGUAAAGAGACUACCUGAGAGUGUCAUGUAAUGCAAUAUAUUCUGUCUACAGUGUUUAAAACUAGAGGUUAUAAGAUUGUGACCAGGGUGAUUGAGUAUUGCUAACUUUAGGUUCAGUAAUUAUUAAGAUUCUGUUUUCUCAGGCAACAGAGAAAUGGGGCAAAAACCUCUGACUUUCGUUUAGUUUUAUUUAAUUGCUGUACAGAUAAAAUGUGAUUCUUUAAGUUGCCUGUGUGCUUUUUUGUUCAGAUUUAGGUAAAUCAAAUUUGCUUUGGGUUUGAGCCAUUUUGUUUAUCCUUUUUACAGUUAAACUCACAGUUGCAUUCUACAAUCUGCCCCACAGUGCUGGAAGACUUUUGUUGUUAGAAGCUGAAUUUUGGUCUAAGCCAGUUCAAUUUACUAUUGAUACUGAAUCAACCUAAUAUUCUAAUGAAGGGAUGCUGCUAAUUGUGAAGUUUCUUUGCCUUACUGUGUUGCAGUGGUGUAAGGUGACAUUGCCUCUACGCUGAAGGUAGAUCUGCAUUCCUGAGCUCUGGCAUUUGCAACUAAACUCUCCUGUCUUUUGAUGCAAAUAUGGAAAGCCAGAUUAAAUGCUCUGUCCCUACCAUAAGCAGCAUCUCAUCCCUUUUUUCCCUCAGCUCUUCAUGCUGCUCUCUUUGCAUCCCGGUGUUUAGGUCUUGCUUUUGUCGCUAAAACAAACUACCCUUCACAUGGACUAGUUGGGAGCAGGAGGUUUCUCCCAGCAGGAGUGUUAACGUCAUGGUAACUACAUAGGUCUGUUAAUUAUACUAAGUGGACAUUUUCUUAAAGGCCACAAAGCUUUGAAAGCAAAAAAUCCUUUACUUUAAGGACACAAGAUGGAAGGAGUUCUUUAAAUAUUGUAUUACUGAAGUGUAAAAUUAUUACAGCUCUAUAUGUGGGCAAAUAAACAUUUUUGGAACCUAUUACAUAUUCA